AUGAGUACCUCAAAUUCUUACCUAUUCACUUCAUUUUCAUCAUCUUCUUCUUCCUCAUCCUCUGAUAGUGAGUUUGAUGAUGAAAAAAUGGUCACACUUUUGGGGGUUUAUGAGAUAAAUAAUGCUAGCAUGAUUCAGAUUCUACAUUCAACUGAUCGAUCAAAGAAAACAUAUGGUUCUGUUGUAGGACAUAAGUAUAUACGUCGCGAUAGAUGGAAGGGUCAUGAGCGAUUGUUCACUGAUUAUUUUACAACAAAUCUAGUUUAUUCAUUUGCAACAUUUCGAAGACGUUUUCGAAUGCGUCGUCCUCUGUAUCUGCGAAUUUUGAAUGCUAUUGAAGCACACGAUUCAUAUUUUGUUCAAAAACAAGAUGCAACUCAUAUUCUUGGAUUGUCUUCCCUACAAAAGAUGACUUCAGCAAUGAGAAUAUUGUCAUAUGGAGUGACAGCAGAUGCAGUUGAUGAUUAUAUACGUAUUGGGGAAAGUACUGCAAUUCAAAGUUUGCAACACUUUUGUAAUUCAAUAAUUGAAAUCUUUGGACCAGAAUACCUGAGAUCUCCAACAUCAAUUGACAUUGCUAGAUUACUUGUUAUUAGGGAGGUUCGCGGGUUUCUAAGUAUGUUGGGAAGUUUAGAUUGUAUGCAUUGGGAGUGA